ACCAAAAUAUGUCAGGAGUAGUCCUUUCCCUUCGUGCAGACACAAAAAUCAACCAAUACAGAAAGGUAGUUCAUUCUCUCUCCACCUAAUUGAAGAAAUGUCUCCUCGUUUCAUCAUCACCACCCACUCCAUGAUUGUUGAGUUAUCAACUAAUCCCAUUAAUUAUUAUUAUUAUUAAACUUUCAAGAUGUAUAAAUAUAUUUACCUUUGUUUUUUGAUUUUACAUCCCAAUUUGUUUGUUUCAAGGGCUUGAUUGUUGAUGAUAAAGGUAGAAGAAAUAAGUUGUUUUGAUGAAAAUCAUAGUUAAACAGAUUGGUUGAGUGAUGAAUAACAGAGCUUUACAGCUUGUAACUCAGAUUAUAGUAAUGACUCUUCUUAUAUCAGUAGUGUUGUUGUUUUUGGGAAUCGGAGUAUUGAUUUUCAUUCAUAUUUGUGUUGUGGGAACAACGUUAAGGAGAAGAUUUGGCAAUGACAGAAGUGAUGAAAGAGGGAGUAAUAAAAGCAUGUCUCUGCACGACAUAGAGAAGCUUCCAUGCUUUGAUUAUAUAGCGAAGAGUAAGGGAAGUAGUCCGGUUGAUUGCGCUGUUUGCUUGGAUAAUUUCAAGAAGGGUGAUAAGUGCAGGCUGCUGCCGUUCUGCAAGCAUAGCUUUCAUGCUCAGUGCGUGGACUCAUGGCUUCUCAAGAACCCUAUUUGUCCGAUUUGUCGAAGCGAGGCGGAUUCCCGAAGGUUUGGUGAAGACAGCAGCGGUUUCAGUGGUGUUAGUAGUAUUGAGUUGAGAAAUCAUCAGCAGCCAACAGAAAAUUUACAAGGGAGUGAUAUUAGAAUUGAGUUGGUGGAGAAUAAUACCCAGAUGAUCUCACCAAGAAGCCAUGAAAAUGAUGAUCAAAUUCAUGGUGGUGUUAAUGAAUCAAGAGAGAAUCAAACAAAUCUUGUUGCUGUUGGGACGUCUCAUGGUGAUCAACUGAGUUAAAAUCUUGGUAUUGUUUAAAGAGAUUACUUAUAAAAGUUUUAAUUGGAAUAUAUAUGAUCAAUUGUUGUGUUAGAUAAUUAAACUGUGAAAGAGAUUACUUAUUAAGUAAAGUCAUUGUUGUAUCAAUUUACGCAAAUUAUAACUAAAAGGGGUUAAGUCUUAUUUUAA